UCUCUGUGCGACGCGCAGGGUCGAGAGGUAUUGUCACUGCUGUGAGCUGCAAUCCUAGGACAGCGGGCGCUGGUGUCUUUGUCUCAUUGUGCCGUAAGUAGACAUGCGCAAUUCCGACUGACUGCGGCAGCAGAGUGUGGCUGCGCACGCUGCGCCCCUUGUUGCGCUUCCGCUACGAAUGUUCGAGUCCAGUAUCGCCUUGUCGACGACUAUCCAGGCGUCUAUUGAUCAUCUCACACAUACCGUGGAUUCGGGCGUCGUUGCCCAGCGUUGCCCUCUGCUCCAUGGCGCCCCCAUUUCAGCCUGGCAACCACCUUCCCUCGGCCCGUUCCCAAGACAUCAUACACAUGCUAUAAUAGCUUCAAUCCGUCAGGGCAGCGCUCGAGGUCGCACCUCGACUAUCCCGCCCCUUAACUAUGGCCACUACCCUUCCGUCCUUCGUAGAGCUCAUGGCGACCCUGGGUCUCGAGAAUACGCCCGGUUUGCCAGCCCUUCACAAAGAUGCGGUACCCGUCCAAGUCGGGCACCGUGUUCAUCACUCUCGCUCUUCAUCCGCUUCUUCUUCCAGUUCCCUCUCUUCAUCAUUCUCCAAUACCGUUUCUCCACGACGACCCCUCAUACGUCUAGAGGGAUCAUCCGCUACCGAGCGCGGAAACUCACCAUCAGACCGAGACUUAGAUGCGGAGAGGCGUCGCGUUCGUGCGCCCCGCUUCACGCCAUACGCGCCCUGCAUUUCGCACAUGAGAAAGCGCAGUGCUCCCAUCUUCAUUAAGGAAGAGAUGGAGGAAGCACCUGUUCGACCAUUAUCAACAUCACCCUAUUUAUCGCCGACCGUACCUCGGCGUGCGUCGCACAACGCUUUGCGACAGUCGUAUGGACGCCCUCGCAAGCUCGUCCUGUCGCAGUCCGACUUGACUGCGAACACACCAAUAUCCACGUUUGUCCGCCGCAAGACACCACAAGCAUCGCCAACGUCGCCUUCCUUCUCCCAUCGCAUCCGGAAGAGGUCGUGCAGUCCUGUCCAGCCCGUCUCGAUUCCCACCCUCCCUCACGUCUUUCCUCCUCCGGAGACGUGGAAGUACGCCUCUUCGGACACAGAUGACGAAGACAUGCACGAUGCCUAGGCGUGAGCUACGAGUGCAUCACCUAAAGUUUCCAGGCCGCUGUUGCCCUACCCAUACCUCGCUGCACAACGCCGCAACAGGCGGCGUGCUUCGCGUGCCCUCGCU